AUGUUUCCGCCGUUAUCGCACCGCAGCACCAGGGCUGCGAACCAAUGCGUCUACGGCUUCCGGAUCGGGCAAGUGCCAAAUCUCCGGUCCAUAGUGUCCAUAUUGCCAGCUCCAUCUCAUAUACUUGACUUCGUGUCCAGAAAUGCAAUGAGUAGUAUUGGUGAAAAAGAUGUAUCGGUUUCGGUCGAGACUUUGGAUGGGGUACUACCAAAAAAUUUCACCAUAGACGAAUCGGGACUUCUUGUAUUUGAUCCAGACAGCCCUCAAAAGCCAGCGAAUUGGUCUUGUCGCAAGAAAUUUGCCCACACUGCGCUAUUUGGCAUGGUGACGUUUGGAGCGCAAAUGAACUCCACCACCACUUCGGCUGAAAAAUUUACUGAAUUGUUGAACCAAGAAUUUGGAAUUUCCAGAGAAGUCGCUUUACUCACCAGCACUCUCUAUAUCUUGGGAAUUGCCUUUGGUCCAAUGGUAUUUGCGCCGUUAUCUGAAGUCUACGGAAGAAAAUUCGGCGUUUUGGUCCCCACGCUCAUUUCCAGUGCAUUCACCUUUGGGGUCGCGACCAGCUAUAAUGUCCCCAGUUUGAUGAUUUUCAGAUUUCUUUCGGGAUUUUGUGCUGGAGCACCCAUAGUUAGCGCCGGGGGAGUUUUGGCGGAUUUGUAUCCAGACACCACUGUUCGAGGUCAAUAUUUUGCAUUUUAUGGUCAAUUGGUCAAUGGUGGUUCCAGUAUGGGUCCCAUAGUUGCAUCACUUAUGAUGUACAGCAAUGACAGUUUGGGAGCCUGGAGAAUCCCGCAAUACUUUUCGGGACUUUUGAGUCUUGUGCUAUACUUUUUCUGUGAAUUUGUCUUGGACGAAACCUAUACUCCAGUCUUAACCAAAAAAGAAGCCAAGAAAAUUAGAAUCAGUUCCGGCGACUGGAAAGUGCAUUGCCAGCUCGAUAUGUGGCAGUUGGACCUAAAGGACGUGGCCACGAAGCAUUUGGUUAGACCAUUCGCCAUGUUAAUCACACCAAUUGUGUUCGUGAUCGUCUUAUUUGCCAGCUACGUUUAUGGCGUUUUCUACAUUGUUAUCACCACCAUGCCAGCAGCCUUCACCAUGACCCGAGGCUGGAAGGGCACAAUUGCUUCACUCCCAAAUAUAGCGCUUUUCAUUGGAGUAUGCUUUGGAAACAUAUCUUCGGUUCUUUUGGCUGGAAGGAAAAAUCAUGGAAAUGCUUCUGUGCCAGAAGACAGGUUUUUACCAUUGAUGUACUUUGGUUGGUUGAUGCCUGCUGGAAUAUUCCUCUUUUCCUGGACCUCGACCGCCAAUAUCCACUGGAUUAUUCCCUGUUUGGGUAUCGUAGCCAUUGGAUAUGGGUUCAUUAUCAUCUUCCAAGGCUGCCUAAACUACUUGGUGGAUACAUACACCAAAUACGCCGCUUCUGGAAUCGCUGCAAACACAUUUAUGAGAUCAGUUUUUGCGGCUUCUUUUCCUUUAUUUGCCAAACAGUUGUUUGAAAACUUGGGUGUCCAUUGGGGAGGAUCGUUGAUCGGGUUUAUUGCAUUGGGAAUGAUUCCCAUUCCAUUUUACUUUUACAAGUAUGGGGCAGCUAUUCGCGCCAAAAAUCCAUAUCAGGGAAUAUAG